GGAGAGAGCAGCUGCCCCUCAAUUUUCCGGUGACAUUCACUGACUCUCUGUAGACUGAACUCACCUCUACACACUCCCAGACUUUAGAUCCUAGCGCUGUCCCUGGCUUACUGACACAAAAAUAACACUGCUCUAAAACUAGUUUUCUCCGACCUCAGAUAGAUACUGAUCUCAAUCAUGGCAGACAAAAAGGCCACCAGCAGGGUAAGUACGGGAAAAAGGAAAGAGAAAAGCGCAGAGAGCAAGGCUGAAAAAGAGACGGAGAAAAAAGUGGAAAACAACACAGAGAGCGACAAACAGAAGGAAAACGACAAGGUGAAAAAGAAGCCGGAGCCAGACGAGGAGAAGCCAAAGGGAAACGGGGAGACAGCUCAGGGGGCUCAAGGAGGUGCUGAGGAUGGAGAAUUUCAACUGGAGCCUAUAGAGCUACCUCCAUUUGAGAUCAUUGUAGGAGAUCGUCUCAACCCAUCCUUCUUCAAGUUUCAGUUCAAAAAUGUUGAGUACUCCUCAGGCCGAAACAAGACCUUCCUCUGCUAUCAAGUGGACAUCAAGGGUGGUGCGGCAGAACCUGAUGGUGUUCGUGGGUACUUGGAGGAUGAGCACACAGGUGCCCAUGCUGAGGAGGCCUUUUUCCAGCAGGUGUUACCUCAGUAUGACAAAUCGCUGCAAUACACAGUCACCUGGUAUACAUCAUCCAGCCCCUGUGCAGCAUGUGCCAAUAAAUUAACAGAGAUCCUGAGGGCCAGAAAAACGCUGCGCCUCAACAUUCACUGCUCCCGCCUCUUCCUGUGGGAGGAGCCUGAAAUACAGGCAGGGCUAAAAGCUUUAGCAAAAGCAGGGUGCAAACUGCGGAUGAUGAGGCCAGUGGACUUCACCUAUGUAUGGUCCACUUUUGUGGAAAAUGAGGAAGACAGUUUUACACCAUGGGAGGACUGUCAAGAAAACUAUGAGUACUAUGAUGAGAAGUUGACUGACAUCCUGCAGUAGGGAUUUAACUCUUAAAGGACAUAGUUUUCCUCUCACUGCACAUGCAUCUUUUAUCUGCCGGAAUGUUUUGAUGUCCUGUCCAAUGUCUGUCCAACACAGAACCACGAUUAUGUAUCUAAAACCUGAUGGACAGUAAUGGAGUACAAAUAUUGCACGGUUUUACUUAACCACCACCGUCUAUUGUUUGUAUGUCACUCUAUUAUUUACACUUGUACUCUAUUUACAUUAAACUGAAUUUCAUUUAAA